GGUCUCUUUAAAGCCCCUGUGCUUCAGCCCCUGCAUCCCUCUGCUGGAGAAUAUGAUCUUGAGCCUCUCUUCUCCUCGAGCAGUCUGCGCUGGACUAACAUCUCUGCAGGACUGAGUGGACGGACACUAUGGAGCCUUCUAACCAGGUUUAAGCUCUUUCGGGGCAGCACAGUGCUGUUAUUUUCGGACUGGACGGCUGUUCGCGGCGUUGCUCCCCUCUGGCCGUUUCCCGCAUCUCGUUACUAAGAGUUGGAAGUACUGGUUCGAGCUCGUGUUGGCUGUUUUAGUGUGUUUUCUGGCUCGGGGUAAAGCGCCAUGUGUACCGCGGGGCUGUGUGGAUAGACCAUGCCUCCUGCAGGAUGGGCGCGAACAAUGGGAAACAGUACGGAAGCGAAGGUAAAGGAAGCUCCAGCAUUUCCUCCGACGUGAGCUCCGGCACUGAUCACACGCCCACCAAAGCUCCCAGGAAUGCGGCUACCAGUGAAGACUCGGACCUCAGUAUGCGGACACUUAGCACCCCCAGCCCUGCUCUCAUCCUCAUCCCAAGUCCUUCCCCACUCUCUCCCCAAACUGUCCCAAAUGGCCAUGAGUCUCCAUCCCCGUCCCCCACCAUUCCAGGGGAAACUGUGGCUUUGGUGCAUGCCCCUCCCGGAACACAGGGCUGCAAACGCUCCUCCAAGACGCACCACACUGUGCUCAUUGACUUCCUCCCAGACCCUGUUCUCCUGCAGGUCUUUGCCCACCUGUCAACUCCGCAGCUGUGCCGCUGUGCUCGAGUGUGCCGCCGCUGGUACAACCUAGCCUGGGAUCCACGCCUCUGGAGGACCAUCCGGCUUACUGGAGAGUCGCUCUAUGCUGACCGUGCUCUGAAGAUUCUCACCCACCGCCUUUGCCAGGACACCCCCAACGUGUGCCUGACCCUGGAGACCGUGGUGACCAGUGGCUGCCGCAGGCUUUCUGACCGUGGCCUGCACGUGGUGGCUCAGUCUUGCCCAGAGUUGCGGCACCUGGAGGUGGCGGGAUGCUAUAAUGUGUCUAAUGAGGCUGUGUUUGAUGUGGUGUCCCGUUGUCCCAACCUGGAGCACCUUGAUGUCUCAGGCUGCCCCAAAGUGACCUGCAUUAGCCUGACCCAGGAGACCUCAGUGCAGCUCUCUCCGAUCCAUGGCCAGCAGAUCGGCCUUCGCUACCUGGACAUGAGUGACUGCGUCUCUCUGGAGGACGAGGGUCUGCGUGCCAUCGCAUCACACUGCCCCCGCCUCACGCACCUGUAUCUGCGGCGCUGCAGCCGUCUGACAGAUGAAGCCCUGCGUCAGCUGGCCUUGCACUGCCCCGCCCUGCGCGAGCUCAGCCUCAGUGACUGCCGGCUGAUGGGUGACUUCGGCUUACGUGAGGUGGCGCGCCUGGAGGGCCGUCUGCGCUAUCUGAGCGUGGCCCACUGCACGCGCAUUACUGACGUUGGCCUGCGUUAUGUGGCCCGCUACUGCCCCAGGCUCCGCUACUUGAAUGCGCGGGGCUGUGAGGGGCUUACAGACCAGGGCUUGGGCCACCUGGCCCGCAGCUGCCCCAGACUGCGUUCGCUAGACGUGGGCCGCUGCCCACUGGUGUCGGACAUGGGGCUGGAGGUUUUGGCACACUGCUGCCUGGGGCUCCGGAGGCUCAGUCUGAGAGGCUGUGAAAGCAUAACUGGGAGAGGGCUGAGGGCACUAGCUUCAGGUUGCCCUGAACUGCAGAUGCUUAAUGUACAGGAGUGUGAGGUGCCCCCAGAAGCACUGCGACUGGUCCGACGCCACUGCAGACGCUGUGUGAUUGAACACACCAUCCCGGCCUUUUACUGAGCGCAGGGCAGCGAACUGUUCUGUUCUGACAAGCGGAUAAUUUCACUUAGCCGCAGCUUUAUGGUCAGUUGCUGUGGAAUUUAUAUGAUGUAUAAAGCACUAUUAGAGCUGGAUUAGUUUCACCUGGGAAGAUGCUAUAAUUCAAAAGAGAAUUCCAGAUUUCAAACGUUCUCUAUAAUUCAAUCAUAGCAAUGUAAACCAAAUCAUUCAGAGUGGUCUGAUGUGAAGUGGUACAUUGUAGAGACACUAAUUUCUACAACAAAAUAUAGCCAUUUUAUUCAGUUUUGGAAAGAAUGAGCAGUGAAUGUAAGUCUUCAUUUUAUAUGUCAUGCUGAUGAUGAUAAAAUAGUGCUAAAUCUGAAAAAAAACGAGAUUAUUUACUUUACAGCAACGCAUAUAAACCUCUCUGUCAUGAAAGUUUUUUUUUUUUUAAAGUUUGUGUCAGACACAAAUCCGAUCUCCAAACUAUUGUCAAUCUAUGACUCAGACAUCCGGCAGUGUAUUUGUAACCACUUUCUGCAAUGUGGAUUUUAGAGGCAUUAAACUCUUAAGACAUCUGGUUCGUAUCACAACCACUGAACGACUCUGACUCUGUAAGUUCCAUAGAAACAGAGCAUUUCACAUAAUACCACUCUGAGUGACUCUGUUUACAACCAUUUUAUUAUGCAGAAUUUUUGAAAAACUUUUAUUUCAGUCUAGUACAAAUCUGGAUAAAAUCUGGAUUUUUUACAAGUCUGUCUAUUUGUGAUUUAUUCUUUCUGACUAGCUGAACCCAAACUCAUUAGUAAUAGUAGGCUUGUUUCAAUCCACACUAAUGGCUAUGCGUCAUGUGUCAUCUUAUUAUUUUUAAAUAUUUUAAAUAUAUUUAAGCACCUGUCAUGUAAUGCUGACAUGUAGGUCCAGGUAUGACAUUUCAGUCUGGGUCAUCUGUACUAAUUUGAUUUCUCAUCUUGUACAAACUGGUCAGUCAAAUCAACUUAAUCAACAAAAAUUAAAGUACUAAACUUUCUCUGAUAGAAUUAAUCCUGCUCAAAUAGAUCUUAAGAUUACUUCGCGUGCAAUAUGUGCCUCUGUUAGUAGUUAUGCAGUCCUUGCCAAUAUGUGCGUAAAAGUAUUUAUCAGACAAAAGGGUUUCAUUACUAUAUAAGCUGUAUUCUAACAAAAGUCUAAUAAUAUGUCUGUCUAGGACAGAAGAUGGUGUAUCUCCAUAAUUUUUUAAUUAAAAUACUGAACUGACUCAUGCUGAAUCUGCAGCAUUACCACUGUCCAGAGUUACGUCUUUGCCUUUUUUAAUCCACAUUUUAAGGUGCUGGUUCUCAACCCUGGCCCCAGAGUCCCUCUCCCCUGCAUAAUUCACUGUCUGCCUGCUUUAACACAUAUUUGAAAUAGCUGAAUCAGGUGUGUUGGAACAGAGGGAAUGCCAACAGGUGUAGCAUAGGAAGACUCUUAGAGCAGGGUUGAGAAACACUGCUUUAAGAGUAUUUGAGAGCAUGCCUGAUAUUUUGUCCUUCUAGUGCCUGUAUAAUAAUAAUAAUGUGUUUUAUUUGGGUACUUGCACUUUAAAAGUCUUUGACAGUUCAUGACAAUCACUAUCAUUGUAUUGAAAAGUGCCAUCUUCAUGUAGCUGUAUAAACUUAGAAAAUAGCCACUAAUGAUAAUGGGAAUAGAGAAUAAGGGAACAGUUAUCUGGGGGUUGGAUUGAAGAAAUGAUACAAAAAAGCAUUGCUGCUACAAAUAAAGGGCUACUUAUUUAACAUCC